UAAAUCCUUUCAGCACGCAUUCGCAAAAGAGUGUAGUAUUGAUCGACUCGGUCAGUAGUGCGCCAGCGCAAAUCGACGGACUCAACAAGAAGCAUUCAUAAGCGCGAACUAUCCUUAGCAGUAGUACAUACAUUCACUUGACGUCCGUCUGCCGUUAUGUUCUUCAGCACGUUUGCUACAGAAAGCAUAGAUGCAAUCAUUAUGUCUAGUGUGAAACAGGAAUUACAUCGCCUUCUCAAUAUUACCAAAACAAGUAUAUCGGAAAUUGGUAAAAAGAAAUUUCUUUACUCUGAUGAUUUUGGAUAAAACUAGUUUUGGCUAGAGAAGUGCAUGCUCUCAUUGAUCAAAUGUGACCAGUACUAUCAACACGUAGAAACCUGCGAGUUCGCUAUUCAGUUCUCCACUUCCCGCACGGCGCAUCUCGUUCCUCACUCGUCUGAUUUGUUGCGUUGUCUUACGAAAACUACAGCUGCGAUGGCAUCGAAAACCUCAAUAAUGGACUCGGAUUGUAUGACGCUGACAAGAUUUGUAUUAGCAGAGCAGCGCAAAGUACCGGCAGCGACAGGCGAUCUGACCCAGCUACUCAACAGCAUACAGACAGCUGUAAAGGCCGUUAGCUCAGCUGUGAGAAAAGCUGGUAUUGCUAACAUGUAUGGCAUCGCGGGUAAUAUUAAUGUCCAAGGCGAAGAAGUCAAAAAGCUGGACGUCCUGAGCAACGAGCUCUUCAUUAACAUGCUGACGUCCUCCUUCACUACGUAUGUGCUUGUAAGCGAGGAAAAUCAGCACGCGAUCGAGGUGGAGACAGAAAAGAGUGGUAAAUACAUCGUAUGCUUUGAUCCACUUGACGGCUCAUCCAACAUCGACUGCCUCGUUUCGGUGGGCUCAAUCUUCGGAAUUUAUAAAAAAUCGGAACAAUCUGGGAAAACUGCAACGCAGGCUGUGUUACAACCGGGACAAAACUUGAUUGCAGCUGGAUACGCUCUCUACGGCUCGGCGACCAUGAUAGUACUCUCGAUCGGUCGUGGCGUUAAUGGAUUCACAUACGAUCCGGCCAUCGGCGAAUUUAUAUUAACUGAAAGAAAUAUGCGUAUACCUGAACGAGGGAAUAUAUAUAGUAUAAAUGAAGGUAACGAAAGCACAUGGGAUCCGGCUAUCAAGGAAUAUAUACACACAAAGAAAUAUCCUACUAUUGGUAAACCGUAUAGUGCCAGAUAUGUAGGUUCCAUGGUCGCUGACGUGCAUCGAACAAUUAAAUACGGUGGUAUCUUCUUGUAUCCUGCGACCAACAGUAAUCCGAACGGCAAACUCCGACUUUUGUAUGAAUGCAUACCGAUGGCUUUCGUAAUCAAAGAAGCCGGCGGUCUGGCAACAAACGGCGAAAUUGAUAUUUUGGACAUCGUUCCGGAAAGCAUCCAUCAGAGAUCGCCUAUUUUCUUAGGAUCUAAAGACGACGUUAAUGAUGUAAUGGCGUGUAUAAAGAUAAAAACCGACGAAUCAAAACAAAAAAUUUGUUUCUAAAAUAACAACUAUAUAUUUAAAUGAGACUGAACAGUUCAAGAGUGUUUCUACACAUCUCAUUGUUAUUUCAAUGCAAUAAAAGUUUUUAUUAUCUA